AUGUAUACAGAAGUAGAUGUUUUUGUGAGUAACUUUACUCUUAUAGAUCCUGAAAUAUAUCAAUUAUGGAUCGAAGGAUGCUCAUCAAGCGAAGCUGUUUCUACCCUACAUCAAAGGGCAACGUCGAAACAAAUGGGUGCUACCGUAGAGCUGAUUGCUAGUGAUGUCUUAGAUCAUUACAGAACAUUUGCCCUUCUAGAAAGACUCUUAACGGUGCCGUCUAAAUUGUCCGAGCAGAUGAUAUUUCAAAUUGACGAACCAACCAAGCACAUGUUGAUUGAAAAAUAUUAUGACUUGGAUGACGCCGUUAUAAGGGAGCUGUUGGGGAGAAAGUUGUCCUCGCGCCAUAGAAAAGAUUUGGAUGAGGUAGCAGAGAGGUCCGGAGCGCCUCUUAGAUGUUGCAGGCGACAGUUCGACAAUGUAAGACGAGUGUUCAAGGCCGUGGAAGAAAUGCCUGGGAACGUGGUCGCCAAUAUACGUUCCACUUUCCUCAUAUCGGAACCUCUUGCCAAGAAGUAUGGAGCGGUUGUCUUCAUAGCUUGUAUGAGAUUCGAAACUGCCAAGCGUAAGCUGCAAUAUUUGUCCUUCAACGAUUUCUAUCAUUGUGCACAAGCGAUAAUGGGAAGUUGGACUUAUAGUUGUACGGGACCGGAGUAUUAUGAUACAGAGAUGGACAGGGAGUUUCUGUUGGAGUUGAGGGAGUUGAGAAUACUCUUGGAUAAGGAGAAGGAGCAUAAACACUUAAUAUGUAUGCGUUUGAAGCCAAAGUUGCUAGAAAAGUCAUAUCAAGAGUUGGAGUUGAACUUUAGAUUGUACACGAGGGCGUUGGUGGGCGUGGCUUGCAACUUGCACAGAGGCAGGGAGCUGCGAUCUCUCUUCACAGACUUACUUGAGAAGUGUAUCGAACCGUUGAGGAUGGGUUGCUGGCCUAAAACUGAUUUGGCUCAGUUCCUCUGCGCGUAUGAACAGUGCGCUCUGCAAAUGGACGUUUUGAGAGAAGCAGAUUUAAAAAGUGUAUGGGAGCGUUAUAUGAGAGUCGUUAGUCAGUGUCUCUUGACUAUGUAUCAUCCA